CCAAACCAACUGUUCAGCUGCAGCAGUCUCGGCCUCAGAUAUUGAUCCAAUCAUCCGGAUCUACACCCCAACCAGGCACCCCGACCACACCCAGGUUCCCCACUCCGACAGGGGCAAUGCCCAGAACACCUGCCACCCCUACUCUGGGGGGAUCCCAGAAGUAUGUCAUUGUGUCAUCUCAGCCUCGCUCCACCACCCCUUCAUCACAGAACAUCACCAUCAACAGUGGCAGUGCUGGGUCAGCCCCUACAAUAGUCAAACUUGUUACCACAGCUCAAGGAGCUAACACAAACACUGUGCCUAGAACUACUCCACAGAAAAUAGUGGUCAUGUCCUUGCCCUCUGGCGGGUCAGGGUCACAGCAAGGUCAGGUGUUGACCCCAGGUGCUUCAGAUGACCUUGGAGUCAAAAGUGUCUUUGGAGGUCAAGGCUCAAACUUUUCAUUUGCUGUUAAGAAGGACCCUGAACAGAGAGAUACAUAAAUGGUUUAAGAUGUCAAAGAAAUUGCUAAGGACCAAAUUGAUCCAAGUGGAUGAAAUGUGUGGGUGUAACAUUCUGAGCAGGAUUAUUACCAUGGAUAGUGUAUAUGACACUCACACAGUGGAGACUUGUUUGUCGAUUCUGAAAACAUAAAUGGAUCAUCUCUGCUUCUCACAUCACAGCCAUUCCAACAUUGUCAUAAAGGAAUAGUGUGUUGUUCUCUUUGGAUCGAUGAAGACAUUCAGCAUUGCAGAAAGCUGAUGAAACAUUCAACUUUGCAGAAAGCUGAUGAAACGCUUCAACUUUGCAGAAAGUUGAUGAAACAUUCAGCAUUGCAGAAAGCUGAUGAAACAUUCAGCAUUGCUCAAAGCUGAUGAAACAUUCAGCAUUGCAGAAAGCUGAUGAAACGUUCAACU